UCACUGGGCUCUGUUGCAUUUGGGGGCGGGGAGUGAUGAAAUCCCUUCUGGCCCUUCCUGGCGUAGCUGACCUCUCAGCCCUGACUCAUGGCUUCUUUGCUCCCAGGGACAGAAGAUGCGCUCCAGGAGUCCUCUGCCACAGCCCCUGCUGCUGCUUCUACUGCUGGUCCCAGGGCCCAGGGUGCAGGGGUGCCCAUCUGGCUGUCAGUGCAACCAGCCACAGACAGUCUUCUGCACUGCCCGCCAGGGGACCACAGUGCCCCGAGACGUGCCACCUGACACAGCAGGCCUGUACAUCUUUGAGAACGGCAUCACCACACUUGAUGCAAGCAGCUUUGCCAGCUUGCCAGGCCUGCAGCUCCUGGACUUGUCACAGAACCAAAUCACCAGCCUGCCUGGUGGCAUCUUUCAACCACUCACCAACCUCAGUAAUCUGGAUCUGACCUCCAACAAACUGCGUGAGAUCACCAACGAGACCUUCCGUGGUCUGCGGCGCCUUGAGCGCCUCUACCUGGGCAAGAACCGAAUCCGCCACAUCCAGCCGGGCGCCUUCGAUGCACUAGAUCGCCUCCUGGAGCUCAAGCUGCAGGACAACGAGCUACGGGCACUGCCCCCACUGCACCUGCCCCGCCUGCUUCUGCUUGACCUCAGCCACAACCACCUCCCGGCCCUGGAGCCCGGGAUCCUGGAUACUGCCAACGUGGAGGCACUGCGGCUGGCUGGCUUGGGGCUGCAGCAGCUGGAUGAGGGGCUCUUUGGCCACCUACGCAACUUGCAUGACCUGGAUGUGUCUGACAACCAACUAGAACACGUUCCUCCUGUGAUCCGAGUCCUGCGGGGCCUGACACGACUGCGGCUGGCUGGCAACACCCGCAUAGCCCAGCUGCGGCCUGAGGACCUGGCUGGCCUGGCCGCCCUGCAGGAGCUGGACCUUAGCAACCUGAGCCUGCAGGCCUUGCCAAGUGACCUUGCAGGCCUCUUCCCCCGACUGCGGCUCCUGGCAGCUGCCCGCAAUCCCUUCAACUGCGUGUGCCCCUUGAGCUGGUUCGGCCCCUGGGUACGUGACAGCCACAUCACACUGGCCAGCCCUGAAGAGACACGCUGCCAUUUUCCACCAAAGAAUGCUGGCCGACUGCUCCUGGAGCUUGACUAUGCUGACUUUGGCUGCCCAGCCACCACCACCACUGCCACAGCCCCUACCACAAGACCAGUAGUGGGGGAGCCCACACUCUUACCUUCCAGCUUGGCUCCUACCUGGCUGAGCCUGACUGAGCCAGCCACCAAGGCCCCCAGCCCACCAUCCACUGCCCUGCCAACCAAAGGGCCUGCUUCCCAGGCCCAGGACUGCCCUGCAUCUACCUGCCUCAACGGGGGCACCUGCCAGCUAGGACCAAGGCAGCACCUGGAGUGCCUGUGCCCUGUGGGCUUCACGGGCUUGUACUGUGAGAGCCGAGUGGGGCAGGGGCCGCAGUCCAGCCCCACACCUGACACACCAGGGCCUCCCCAACCCCUGCCCCUCGGCAUUGAGCCAGUGAGCCCCACCUCCCUGCGUGUGGGACUGCAGCGCUACCUGCAGGGCAGCGCGCUGCAGCUCAGGAGCCUCCGCCUCACCUACCGCAACCUGUCAGGCCCUGACAAGCGGCUGGUGACUCUGCGACUUCCUGCCUCACUCACAGAGUACACGGUCACCCAGCUGCGACCCAACGCCACCUACGCCAUCUGUGUCACACCCUUGGGAGCUGGGCGGGUACCUGAAGGCAGAGAGGCCUGUGGGGAGGCCCGCACACCCCCGGCUGUCCGCUCCAACCAUGCCCCAGUCACCCAGGCCCGAGAGGGCAACCUGCCACUUCUUAUUGCACCUGCCUUGGCUGCUGUGCUCCUGGCUGUGCUGGCUGCUGCAGGGGCAGCCUACUGUGUGCGGAGGGGACGGGCAGCAGCCAUGGCUCAGGGCAAGGGCCAGGUGGGACCAGGGGCAGGGCCCCUGGAGCUAGAAGGUGUCAAGGCCCCUUUGGAGCCAGGCCCCAAGGCAACUGAGGGUGCUGGGGAGGCCCUGCCAGGUGGGCCUGAGUGCGAGGUGCUGCUCAUGGGCUACCCAGGGCCCAGCCUCCAAGGUGCCCUCCCUGCAAAACCCUAUAUCUAAGCCUCAGGGAGAGCCAUGGGCUGAGUUCUCAGCCAGCACCCUCUGCUGCCACACAAGAAAGUUCUCAGUGCAUAUCCCGGGGACACAUGUGCUGGGUAGGGCUAUGUGACCACUCCUAGUCCCUGCCCCUCUCUGCCUUGAUCUCUUUUGUGAGUUGCUGUGGCCCAGGUAAUGAGCUUUGACAGCCCCCUAGCCUGAGUGCUUAUAAGGUUGGCAUCUGCCCCACCUUUUCAAUGUGCAAUCCUGGGGCCUGGCAGGCUCUGCCGUGUGCUGGUAAUGCGGCUGGGGCCCUGCUGGGCUCACCCAACCCAAGGAGACUGGGGGCCAGUGAAGGAAGCCCCCAGAAAGAACAUGGGUGGGGAUGGGCCCUGUGGCCCCAGCCUCGGCCCCAGAAGCACAGGAACACAGGAAACUGGAAAGGAAGGUGCUCU